AUGAGCAACGUAGUAAAUGGGCGAAUACUUCAUUUUGUAGCAAGUCUAAUCAUCCUACAUUUGUCCGGGGCAACAAAAAAAGGAUCAGAAAAACAAACUACUUCCGAGGGACAGAAACCAGUGCAGUGUGGAACUUGGACAAAAUACGCAGAAGGAGGCAUCUUCACUUCUCCCAAUUACCCCAACAAGUAUCCUCCUGACAGAGAGUGCAUCUACAUUAUAGAAGCUGCUGCUAGACAAUGCAUUGAACUACACUUUGAUGAAAAAUAUUCUAUAGAGCCUUCUUGGGAGUGUAAAUUUGACCAUAUUGAAGUAAGAGAUGGACCUUUUGGCUUCUCUCCAAUCAUUGGACGUUUCUGUGGACAGCAAAAUCCACCUAUGAUAAAAUCCAGUGGCAGAUUCCUAUGGAUUAAAUUUUUUGCUGAUGGUGAGCUGGAAUCUAUCGGGUUUUCUGCUCGGUAUAAUUUUACACCUGAUCCGGAUUUUAAGGACCUUGGUGUUUUGAAACCGUUGCCAGUUUGUGAGUUUGAGAUGGGAGGACCUGAAGGAAUUGUGGAAUCUGUGCAAAUUGUCAAAGAAGGAAAAGCUUCUGAAACUGAAGCAGUAGACUGUAAAUGGUAUAUCCGAGCACCACCUCGAUCCAAGAUCUAUUUGCGGUUCUUGGAUUAUGAGAUGCAGAAUUCCAAUGAAUGCAAAAGGAAUUUUGUAGCUGUCUAUGAUGGAAGCAGUUCUGUGGAGGAUUUGAAAGCAAAGUUUUGCAGCACUGUUGCUAAUGAUGUAAUGCUACGGACAGGUCUUGGUGUGAUCCGUAUGUGGGCAGAUGAAGGCAGUCGAAACAGCCGAUUCCAGAUGCUCUUCACAUCUUUCCAAGAACCCCCUUGUGAAGCCAACACAUUCUUUUGCCACAGUAAUAUGUGUAUUAAUAAUACAUUGGUCUGCAAUGGACUUCAGAAUUGUGUGUAUCCUUGGGAUGAAAACCACUGCAAAGAAAAAAGAAAAGCUAACUUAUUGGAUCAACUUACAAAUACCAGUGGGACUAUAAUUGGGGUGACUUCUUGCAUUGUGAUCAUCCUCAUUGUUAUCUCUGUUAUAGUACAAAUCAAGCAGCCUCGUAAAAAAUUUGUCCAAAGGAAAACAGAUUUUGAUCAAACAGUGUUCCAGGAGGUGUUUGAGCCUCCUCAUUAUGAAUUAUGCACCCUCAGAGGGACAGGGCCUACAGCUGACCUUGCUGAUGUUGCAGAUGACUUUGAAAAUUAUCAUAAACUGCGAAGAUCAUCUUCAAAAUGCAUUCAUGACCAUCACUGUGGAUCACAAGUGUCUAGCAUUAAGGGCAGCCGUAGUAACCUCAGCACAAGAGAUGCUUCUGUCUUGACAGAAAUACAACCCCAGCCUGUAAAACCACUCAUUCAGCCCAUGAAUAGGAGAAAUAUCCUUGUCAUGAAGCAUAGCUACUCACAAGAUGCUGCAGAUGCGUGCGAGAUAGAUGAAAUUGAAGAAGUACCAACCACAAGUCACAGGCUGUCCAGACAUGAUAAAGCUGUUCAGCGGUUCUGCCUCAUUGGGUCUCUAAGCAAACAUGAGUCUGAGUACAACACAACUAGGGUCUAAGAGACAAACUUGAGACUGCUUGAGAAUAAUGCGCUCCUGGGUGAUUUUGAACAUGCUACAAUGAAAUGUGAAACUAUCGUCCUUGGAAACACCAGCUAGAGGUUUUAUGGACUCUCUGACCAACUAUUCUCAUAUCAUGCAAAAUUCAGCUAACAGUAUUGAGUAAAAUCACUAGAAGGCAAUAAGACUUCAGUUAUUAUCUCUAUUGAUCAUUCCUCUUUUUCUUUUUCACUCUUAUUUUUGUUGCAAGUUAAGUUCCCAAUUUCAGGAACAAUUUACUGAAAUCAGGUAUUUAGCCAUUCAUGAUCACUUUCAAUAGACAUAUUUGUUGGGUAAGCAUCUAGUAAUAUGACUGAAUUUGACAUUGAGAAAAUAAUCUGCAUGUAUGUUACUGAAUAUUUGAGUUGGCAAAUAUCCCUUUAUUAGAUACAUUGUAAAAAGCAUGCAUUCACAAUUAUUGCUGUUACUGUUCCAUUUCUGUGUCAUAUGCUUGCUACUUGUAACUUUUUAUAUAAAGAUACAUAAAACAAUGUAUAAUAA